UAAGUUGGUCAGUGACUGAAAGAGCUGGCUUUGAGAACAAGUAGUUCAUGAUGUCAGGCAAACUUAGCAAGGAGGUUCCUGAUAUUGAGAAUUUGUUGAACUUGAAUCCAAAAGUAAGACAUCAUGCUCAGAUGGUACCAAGUGCUACUACAAAGAAAAAUAAGAAGCACUGGAAAAGAAAUGAUGAUAAAUCUUGUGGUACUAAAUGUGAGCCUUUGACUAAAAACUUUGAUGAUAUUAAGCAUACAACAUUGAGUGAAAGAGCUGCAUUAAAGGAGGCAUCAAGAUGUUUGAAAUGUGCCGAUGCUCCUUGUCAGAAAAGCUGCCCAACUCAAUUGGAUGUCAAAUAUUUCAUAGGAUGUAUUUCUAACAUGAAUUACUAUGGUGCAGCCAAAGCGAUAUUUUCUGAUAAUCCACUGGGAUUAACAUGUGGUAUGGUUUGUCCAACCAGUGAUCUAUGUGUUGGAGGAUGUAAUCUAUAUGCAUCAGAAGAAGGACCUAUCAAUAUUGGUGGCUUACAACAGUUUGCUACAGAGAUCUUUAAAAGUAUGAAGGUACCACAGAUUCGAGAUCCCAGUUUACCAGCUAUAGAUAAACUACCAGCUACCUAUAAAUCUAAAAUAGCUUUACUAGGAUGUGGCCCAGCUAGUAUUAGUUGUGCAACAUUUCUAGCUCGACUGGGUUAUUCUGAUAUAACUAUCUUUGAGAAGAAUCAGUACAAUGGUGGAUUGAGUUCUUCUGAAAUACCUCAGUUUCGUCUGCCAUUCAGUGUUGUUGAUUUUGAAAUUGAACUCAUGAAAGAUUUAGGUGUUAAGAUUGAAAGAGGUCGUGCAUUGGGUUCAAAAGAUCUGUCUCUUACAUCAUUAAAAUCCAAUGGUUAUAAAGCUGUCUUUGUUGGAAUUGGUUUACCUGAUGCCAAGAAAAUUCCAAUAUUUGCUGAUCUGAAAGAAGAACAAGGAUUCUUUACAUCUAAAACCUUUCUACCAGUGGUUUCUCAGGCCAGUAAAGCAGGUCUGUGUGCUUGUAAAUCGCAGCUACCCCAACUGACUGGUAAUGUUAUAGUAUUAGGGGCAGGGGAUACAGCCUUUGAUUGUGCUACAUCUGCUUUAAGAUGUGGUGCCAAGAGAGUGUUUGUUGUAUUCAGGAAAGGUUUUACCAAUAUAAGAGCUGUUCCUGAAGAGAUGGAAUUAGCUAGAGUUGAGAAAUGUGAAUUCCUGCCAUUUAUGUCUCCAAGAAAAGUUCUGUUAAAUAACAGUAAUAAUAAGAUCAGUGGAAUGGAGUUUGUAAAAACAGAACAAGAUGAUGAUGGUAAUUGGAUAGAAGAUGAAGAACAAACUGUCAGACUAAAAGCUAACUAUGUUAUCUCAGCUUUCGGCUCUGGUUUGGUUGAUGAGGAUGUUAUAAAGGCAUUGGAACCUAUUAAAUUGAAUAAAUGGAAAUUACCAGAAAUUGAUAAUAAUACUAUGGUAACAUCAGAACCAUGGGUGUAUUGUGGAGGAGAUAUUGCUGGUGUAGCUCAAACUACAGUAGAAAGUGUCAAUGAUGGUAAAUGUGCAUCAUGGUUUAUACAUAGAUAUUUACAGAAUUUGGAUGGAGUUAAGAUUCCUGAAGCUCCAUGUUUACCAAAUUUUUUCACCCCAAUUGAUACAGUGGAUAUAAGUGUUGAGAUCUGUGGAUUGAAGUUCCCUAAUCCCUUUGGUCUGGCCAGUGCUCCACCAACAACUAGCAGUGCUAUGAUUAGAAGGGCUUUUGAACAAGGAUGGGGAUUUGCUUUAACCAAAACUUAUUCUUUGGAUAAGGACAUAGUUACUAAUGUAUCUCCAAGAAUUGUAAAAGGAACAACAUCAGGUCAUCUGUAUGGACCAGGUCAAGGUUCGUUCUUGAAUAUUGAGUUGAUCAGUGAGAAAACAGCAGCUUAUUGGUGUAAAAGUGUAACUGAAUUGAAACAAGACUUUCCAGACAAGAUUGUUAUUGCCAGUAUCAUGUGUAGUUAUAGUCAGGAAGAUUGGACAGAUCUGGCUAAGAUGUCAGAGGCUGCUGGAGCUGAUGCAUUAGAAUUGAAUCUGUCAUGUCCACAUGGUAUGGGAGAAAGAGGAAUGGGUUUAGCUUGUGGACAGGAUGCUGAAUUAGUCAGAAAUAUCUGUAGAUGGGUGAGAGCAGCAGUUAAAAUACCAUUCUUUGCUAAAUUAACACCCAAUGUUACUAGUAUUGUGACUAUUGCCAAAGCAGCUUAUGAAGGUAAAGCUGAUGGUGUAACAGCUACUAAUACUGUAUCAGGAUUAAUGGGAAUAAGACCUGAUGCUACAGCAUGGCCAAAUAUUGGUAAGGAACACCGUACUACAUAUGGUGGACUAUCUGGUAACGCCAUUAGACCAAUUGCUUUACGUGCUGUAUCUGCUAUAGCAAGAGAACUACCAGGAUUUCCUAUUCUCGCUACUGGUGGUAUCGAUGCUGCUGAUUCUGGUCUACAGUUUCUACUAGCUGGUGCCAGUGCUCUUCAGGUGUGUAGUGCUAUACAGAAUCAAGAUUUUACUGUAGUAGAGGACUACAUCUCAGGCUUAAAAACACUAUUGUACCUGAAAUCUGUAAAGGAAUUGAAUGGUUGGAGUGGUCAAAGUCCACCAACACCAAAACAUCAGCUUGGUAAACCUGUACCAAAAAUAAAAGAUAUCAUUGGAGAGGAUCUGCCUAAUUUUGGAGAAUAUAAAGAGAAAAGAAAGGAAGUUCUUGCUAAGAAUAAAGUUAAGAUAGAUUUAUUAGAUGAUAUAUAUAAACCUGAGCCUGUUCGUCCUGCAUAUACACCUAAUACUUCUGUACUACAUGUUCAGGAUGUUAUUGGUAAAGCCUUACCUAUGAUUGGAUCAUAUGGUGAUUUAGAUAAUAAACAGCAAGUUGUAGCCUUGGUGGAUGAUGAUAUGUGUAUUAACUGUGGGAAAUGUUAUAUGACAUGUAAUGAUUCUGGUUAUCAAGCUAUUACAUUUGAUCCUCUAACUCAUUUACCUCAUGUCACUGAAGAUUGUACAGGUUGUACACUGUGUGUAUCAGUUUGUCCUAUUAUAGAUUGUAUCACCAUGGUUAAGAGAGAUACACCAUAUGAACCUAGACGUGGCAUACCCUUAAACACCACUAGUGUAUCUAAUACAGCAGCAGUUAUUUUACCUACUAACUAAUCAGUUGUAAUGCAACAACAGUUAAUAGAGCAAUCAUCUUUUAUUUUUAAGCCAAAUUUUCUUUGUUUUUUUUCAUUUAUUGAUAAAGUUAUUGAUGAAUAUGUCAAAGCUCUGUGAGUUUUGCAGGUAGAGUAUUUUUUAUCUUUGUGCUAAUUUGUAUUAUAGAUUGGCAAUUUUCUUUAUCAUCUAUGCAAAUCCGGAAAAAUCUACAGCACCAGUCUUCUUUUUGUCUACCGGUAAAUCAUAUAUAACUAUUUGAAUUAUUGUGUUAUUGUAUGAAUUUUUAUUUUUAAUGAUUUUCUGUAACAUUUUUACUACAAUUUCAAUAGUAGUAGGCUUGUUAUAGUGAAGAAUAGUCUUUUUAUUUGUUAAUGAAUGGAUUUAAAACACUAAACAUUUUAUGUGUUUCAAGGUGGUUGAAGUUCCUGUAUACGUAUGUUGAAAAUAUGAAAUCUAUAAUCCAUUAUUAUAUCAGUAUUACUUAUUUCAUUGUUGUCAUUAUAUUCUCCUUUAUUUCAAAAUAAACAUUUGCUCUAACAAUUGGUGCUUGACUAAAGUUACUAUUUAAAUCAAGGAACAUUUGUUACAUUUGUCAAUGUAAUUUUGUCAGUUUAAUAUUUCAUGAUAUAUUUGUUAAAUUGAAGUUUAUAUUCUAUAAAUCCUAUUCUUUUUUAUCCUUUUACGCAAACCAGUAAAAAUUUAUUAACAUUUUUGUACAUCAUGAAACUUGUAUACACUUUUUAUUUUUGAUUUGAUAAAAAAUAGAUAAAGCAAAUUUCUCAGGGUUUAUUAUGAAGAAUUUUAUUUUUAUAGCGAAACCAAGUUAGUAGGCUAAAUUUUAUGAUUUGUUUGGCAAUAGCCUAUAAUUUCUUGGUGCAUGUACUUGCAUAAUCACAUAUUACAUUUGUUGAUCACUCAGUAUAGCAAAAUAUUAACAGUUUAUGAAUAAAGAAUUUAUUACAAAC